UCCACAUCGUUAGAAACGGCCCUGCGCACAGAAAAAGCCAAAGAGGAGAAAAGAUCGGAACUACACCAAGCUCUUGUAAUGUGAUUUGACUUUCCCACCCCCACCUAACCCGAGAGAGAGGGAGCCCACAGACGAGCGCUCACACUCGGAAGCACGGACGCGGUGGAGCAGCAGCCAAACACACACAGCUAACGCUAAAGAGGCCGCCAGUCAUUAGGUCUUAUGGGCAAACACUGACAAAAGACUGGGGGGUGAAAGCCAGUGGGAGCCAGCCAUGGAGCUCUGAACGCGCACGUUUACUGGGACCGUGUCGGGCUCCGUAGCUCCAGGGACGCCGCUUCGAGACUUCCCCCCUUCUCCCGAGGCACAGGAGCGGGUUGAUUCGACCGGAGAGACCCGUCCACGUCUUCGCCUUUGCAGCUCUACGGACGGACGGAGCGCGAUCGUCCCCGCCGCUUCCGUUACGCACCGACAGAAACCACGCUUCUCCGCACGAUUCAUCUGUUUUGAUCUCAAGACGCUUGGAUAUCUUUAUCGUGGUUUACGGAGAAGCAGCUGGCACGAUGCUGAGAGGAUUAUUACGGCAGAAAGACAGCCCCUCUGGUCGGAUAGAAGAGCCGAGGAUUUAGCGUCCGACGGAGCCAAGGGGAGCGAGCUAACGCGUUUUGGUUUCCUGAAACGGCGCCUGGCUGCUAACCUAGCUUUUGGAGAGGCAUCGGACGCACACCACCUCAGGAGCUGGCCCACAUAUCGAGCCGACUGUGCGUUAGACUGCUUUUAAAGACACAACAGGGAACAUUUUGGGGGAUAUUUUGUAGCCCGCAGAAAAAGUUGCUACACUUGGAGAUUGUUUCCAGGUCAUAGUGGAGGGGGAGGAGACAACAAGCCGAGUGCUGUUUUUACGCCCCAAUUCAAACCCAUUUUUUUCCUUUUUUCACUUUAACAUCUGGUUUUAAAGCUUGGGGAUAUUUUUGUGUGUUUAUUUUUUGCAAGCACGACAAAUCUUUGAAAAAAAAAAUCUGUAAAAUUCGUGGGAACAAUUCAUUUCACUCCCAAGAAGAAGGUUAUGGUCAUGCAUUUGAAAGAGUGACCUUUUCAAUCACAGAACCCAUAAUAUACAUGUUCCUGUGUGACAGCAGCCAGUAAGUUUGGGUGCGUGUCCAAUUUUCUAUUCUCUGGCGGGGUAACCAAGAAAUGGCCAUGGUGAGUGGGGGCUGGGGAGAUCCAAACGGGGGCACCAACGGCUUGGGGGAGAAGGGGUACCUGCGGGGGGAGGAGGAGGACGGCUCUCCCCAGGCAGGAGGCAGCGACAUGGAGGCCGGGGAGGACGACAAGGCCUGCGUGGUGGACUGCGUGGUGUGCGGAGAUAAGUCCAGCGGGAAGCACUACGGCGUCUUCACCUGCGAGGGCUGCAAGAGCUUCUUCAAGAGGAGCGUGAGGAGGAACCUGAGCUACACCUGCAGGUCAAAUCGAGAAUGUCAGAUCGACCAGCACCACAGGAACCAGUGCCAGUACUGCCGUCUGAAGAAGUGUUUCCGAGUGGGCAUGCGCAAAGAAGCAGUCCAACGCGGCCGCAUCCCCCCUCAGGCCAGCCUCAGUCCCUCCAUCACUCCCAUAGGGGGCGCCAGCGGUCUGGGUGGAGGCGACUUCUACAACAACAACAACAACGGCGGCGGCGGAGGGGGCCAGCCGGUGUCCGAGCUCAUCUCUCAGCUCCUCCGCGCGGAGCCGUACCCGAACUCUCGGUACGGCCACCAGUACAGCCAACAGAGCGGCCCUGACAACGCCAUGGGGAUCGACAACAUCUGCGAACUGGCCGCACGCCUCCUCUUCAGCAUCGUGGAGUGGGCCCGCAAUAUUCCGUACUUCCCCGAGCUGCCCGUCUCUGAUCAGGUGUCUCUGCUUCGUCUGAGCUGGAGUGAACUCUUCAUCCUGAACGCGGCGCAGUCGGCCCUCCCCCUGCACAUGGCGCCCCUGCUGGCCGCGGCGGGUUUCCACUCCUCGCCCAUGUCAGCGGAGAGAGUGGUCUCCUUCAUGGACCAGGUCAGAGUGUUCCAGGACCAGGUGGACAAACUGACCAGACUACAGGUGGACUCAGCGGAGUACAGCUGCCUCAAGGCCAUCGCGCUCUUCUCUCCAGACGCGUGUGGUCUGACUGACGCAGUGCACGUGGAGUCCCUGCAGGAGAAGGCCCAGGUGGCUCUGACUGAGUACGAGCGCAUGCAGUACCCCAGCCAACCGCAGCGCUUCGGCCGGCUCCUCCUGCGCCUGCCCGCCCUCCGCGCCGUGCCCGCCAACCUCAUCUCGCAGCUCUUCUUCAUGCGCCUCGUCGGGAAAACCCCCAUCGAGACCCUCAUCAGAGACAUGCAGCUCUCCGGCAGUUCCAUCAGCUGGCCGUACGUGCCGGGCCAGUAGCCGUUUCACCUCCACGUCUCCCAACUACAUUCUGUUCCAUCUGUGGCUGCUACUAACUGGACUCCAAGGGUUGCCAGAUCUGGUUGAAAACUCCGGAGCGUUGCCGGAUCAGAGGCGUAGCCGUUUUUACCUUCUCGGCUACCGCGAAAAGUGUGUUACAUCUGUGGCUUGCAUACAGGACUCCAAGGGUUGCCAGGUCUGGAUCAAAGUCACAGCAUUGCCAGAUUUGGUUGAAAAUUCAGGAGCAUUGCCAGAUCAGAGAUGGGAUUACCCUUCCUACCGUGACAGUAGCCAUUUUACCUCCCUGGUUACUGCAAAAAGAACCAAUUUUGUUCCAUCUAUGGCUUAUACAAACAGGACUCCAAGGGUUGCCAGAUCUGUUUGAAACUCCAGAGUGUUUCCAGAUCAGACGGGACUUCUCUACACACCCCGAGAGUGUCCAUAUUACCUCCUCGACCACUGCAAAAAUCGACCCAUUUCGUUCCAUCUGUGUCUCACAAACAAGACUCCAAGGGUUGCCAGAUUGGGUGAAAACUCCGAACGUUGCCAGAUUUGAGACAGGACUGCCCUACACGCCCAGAGAGCAGACAUUUCACCUCCCCGGCCAUUUCAAAAACUACCCAUCGCGCUCCAUCUGUGGUUUACAAACAGGACUCCAAGGGUUGCCAGAUCUGGACCAACCUCGUGACGUUGCCAGAUUUGAGACAGGACAAAGCUACGUACGUGGAGGAGCCAUUUUACCUCCUCGGCUGCUUCUGCGGCUUAAGAACAGGACUCCAAGGGUUGCCAGAUCUGGUUGAAACUCUGGAGCGUUGCCAGAUCAGAGACAAGACCCCAGUUGGGAUUCAUUAUGGUGCAAAUCGCCAUAACAUGUCAACUCCGCAGGCCAAGAAAGACCGAAAAUUAAGAUGUAGUAAGUUCCGUGGAAGGUUCCCCAAGAUCUCUGGAUAUUUUGUGAGCUUUGACUGAAAAAAUUGUCAAACUGUGAGAUGAUUUAAGAGCUUUCAAGACUGGAAUUUGGUAAGAAAAAAUAAAGGAAAAAAAUCACCAAAGUUUUUACCAUUAAAAUCAAAACAUAAACAUUUUCCAUUGCCGUAAAAAUCGAAUCGAUACCUCAGCUUUUGUCAGUAAAACCUCUGUACACGCGGAUCACCGGAAAUCGCCUUCUUUUUGACAACUGCCUUGUUUUUCAGUGUGGACAGUAGGGGGCGCUGGUUUGACUAGUCUUAAAGGAAGCAUUUGUCUCUCUUCUUGUAUGUUGAUUUCACGUGUUUUUAUAUGAUCAGCUAAAUUGUGAGUUUUUUAAAAUUUUGUUGUUGAAAAUGAAAAAGAAAUGUCUGGUUUACCGGAUGUGAAACACUACCAGAUUAUGAGCUGUUUUUAUCGCAAAAAAUAUUUCUACAUGAGUUAAAAUUUUAUUAAUCUUGAUUUUAUUAUUUUUGAUUUGGAAUUUUCAACACAGAGGGAUAAAAAGGUAUUACAUGUGUUAUAAUAUUUAGGUAAUAUUUUCUCCUUCAAUUUUUGACUAAUUUAAAAAGUUUAAAUCACUCAGAAAUUAAUAAGAAAUAAUAAUAAUAAUUUCAACAUCAUUUAAAGUCAUGAUUAAAAUGAAAAAGAAAAAAAUAUUAAUAAAUAAAUACAAAUAGAAAAAAAUAAUUAUCUAAGAUAUAAAUUUAAUUUUUAUUUUUAGUAAAAAAAUUAGUAAAUAAAAAUUCUAGUUCAAUUUUGGAACAUCCUUGUACUUAUCUGAAGUUAUCUAAAGAAAGUAUAUCUUUGACAAAAUAAACAUAUUUACAAAAUUCUAAUACUGGUCAAAAUGGUUCAAAAUCAAGAUCAAGUUAUUUUUUUAACUCAUACAGAAAUAUUUUAACAGUGCGAGUUACUUUCCCCUUCAAAAUGUAUUGUAAAUAUUUCAGGCCAAUUUAUGUUUUGCAUGUUUUUGGCCAAAUUUCUGAGUUCUUUCUAAAUGUGUUGCUUUCCCUGUUACUCUUAUAUGUUUUUUCUACAUGUAUUUUCAUAAGAAUACCUCUGCCAUUUUUAGAUGUCAAAACAAGCUUCAUGUAUCGCCAUAGCAACUGGCCCCACAUACUGUAGACGUGACACGGAUCGUCACUGCCAACAACACCGGGAACAAGUGGAGUUGUGUGGGGAGAUUUGAAUUUUUUUCUUAUUCCUGACAAAUACAAAAUACCAAAUUUAGUUCUCAGAGAGGACAUUAUAUUACUAAAAUAACUGCAUAAUAAUUAAUUGACUGUAAUAUUUUGUUACAUCACAUAAUCGAGCAGUUGUAGUGUUAAAUCAGAUGGUGACUCAUUUACUCAGUUGAUACUGUACAGUGACGUCGUGCUGGGGGUGUUCUACAUCUGUCUUUAUUGGCAGUUACCGUGGGGACACUAUGUACACAUCAGCAAACACUCAAAAAGUUUUAUGAUUGUCUGAAAACUUAAGAAAAAAAUACAAAGUGGAUUUAAAGAGCACAUUUUCUGGGACAUCUGAUUAAUUCCAGAGUUUAUCGUCCUGUUUAGGAGUUUGAUUUUAAACACCAUGAGACACUUGUUUAACAGGACUAAUCCAACUAAGUCAGCUUUUUUCUACUCAGAUUGUAUUAAAGGGCCCAUCUCAUGCAAAAUCAAACAUUUUCUGAUCUUUCUCCCUUCUCAGAGUGAUGUGUGGGCCUUGUAUAUGUCACCCAAGUGGUUUUUAGAUUGAUUCUGCAUUUUUUUUAACAAAUUGCAGCGUAUUUCUGCCACCCUCCCACGUGACAAUGAACUAAACUUUUUAAACCUCCUUGUUUCUAUGGAGAUGUCAUUGCUCUGCCUGGAAUGUUCCACAGUGUGACAUUAAACAGCUCUACUUUAUAUGUAUUCAAUUACAGGUGGUUUUUACAGCUCAAAAAUAUCUAAAACAGACAAAAACAAGACAUUGUGACUGUGAGGGAACUGCGGGGUCGCCUCUCCACAGAUCUGACCUGUAACUUGGUCUGAUUUGGUCUCCUUGAAUUGAAUGGUCACAUUUUUAUACAGUGCUUUUCCACCUUCAGGGCACUCAAAACACUUUACAACAAGGAACCACUCAACCAUUCACACACUCACACUUAUCUACCUGCUGAGGUGUGUUGCCUAAAGACACCACGACAGCAUUUAUCCUUGGGGGCUAGAAUCGCACCGCCAACCUGACCACUCAACCAAUGGUGUUUUUAUAUCGGGAGCGGGAUUCGAACCGCCAACCCUGCCAACAUUCAGAUCAGUGGACAAAUGCUGAAAUAGAAAAGUGUAAAACCAUACUGUGAAACAUUCCAGAGUCUCUAUGGAGAAAAGCACCCUCCAUCAGAAAAGUUACACAAUGCACCUUUAAUUCCAACUUGAAUAACAGCGCUUAAGACAGAGUAGUACUUUCAGUUAACAGCACAAUCCCAUAUAACGCUGACGACAUCACCUGCAGUAUCAACAUGAGAUAACACUGCGCAAUGUUCGAAUAACAAAUGUCACGGUUGCUUUAAAGGAGCACUAUGUAACUUUCCUGCUUGUUUCCAUAGAGAUGUUAUUGCUUUGACAGGAAGGUUCCCCAGUACAGCAUUAAACUUCUCCAUCGACAAACAGACGAGCAGCCGGUCUUGUCAACAAUAACAUCUCCAUGGAAACGAGCAGGUGACAGACCCCACCCAAAAGUGACACAGUGCACUUUUAAAGGGCCCGUCUCAUGCAAAAUCAACUUUUCAGAGCUUUCUACCUUCUAAGAGUGAUGUGUGGGCCUUGUAUUUGUCGCUGAAGUGGUUUUUAGAUUGAUUUGGCGUUUUUUUUAAACAAAUUGCAGUGUAUUUCUGCCACCCUCCCACGUGACUACGAACUAAAGCUGCUACAACGAUGACGCAGCAGAUACACCUGUGACACGUUUGAUGUAGCAGAAAGCGCUUCCCCCCGCUCCACCACCUCCACCCCAUCUCCACCCGCAUCGACUGACAAUUCCCACAUGAACACGUAAACAAAAGCGUCAGCAUAAGAUCAUUGUUCUACACUGCAGGGAACAUGAUAUAAUAAGUUGAUCUACUAGUGUUUAUUAAUACUUUACCAAUCAGUAAUGUUCAGCUGAUGUGGACGUGGUGCUUGAGCUUCGUGCUCCUCAAAGUCCUCGUCCGAUUCCGGGUCCAACAUCUUUCUCCAUGAUGAAUAAAAGUGUAUUCCUACCGCUAUCAGGGUGCACGCCUGUCUCCCCCUCCCUCCCUGAGAUGGGUGGAGGAAGGGCGGCUCACUCGUCGCCUACGUCACGUUUGGAGGGCGGAGCCUGUGUUUUCUCAGGACGGGCGGGGGGAGGAGCAAUAGUCGAACUUUCAUAGUUCCUGGUCUGUGACUGUCUCCAAGAAAUCAGUAAGAUUGCAGAACUAUUGUGUAAUGAAUGUUCCAAAACCCAAAUUGUGCUUGUUUAUGUGCAGAAGAUACAAUGUGAAAAGAGUUAUUUUGCAUGAGAUGGGCCCUUUAAAUUAUAACGCAAUUGUUUAUUCAAAUAACCCAAAAAUAUUCAGGAAAACACUAGAAUAUAAAAAACAAACAAACACAAAACUACUCCAUACAACUCCAUUUGAAAUCCCUGUAGCUCAUUUUCAGUUCAUUUCUUUUUGGCGAGAACGUUUCUAAUGCCAAAAACGUCACCGAAUUUGCCCAGUUGGGUUUACCUCAUUUAAGUACGUCCAAAAUCAAAGUCUAGCUCGUCACGCAACAUGACAAGACUGAAGCAUUUACUACGAAAAGAUUUUAAAAAGUUAAACGGGUGAAACUGAUGAUUUGAGAACAUUUUUUAUUAUGUGGAAAAAAUGAUUAUAGCCUACUCAAUGUUUUCCUAUAUUUGUGCUUUGACGAUUUCAUGUGUAUUAAAAGAAUGGACAGGCGAUGGCGUCUUUUUGUUCAUUUCUGUUUUUUUUUUGUUUUUGUUUUUGAAGACUUGAAAAAGUGUUGUGUUGCAUCUGUAUGAGGAAUGCCAAAUAAAACACAGCGACAUGUA